CAGUGACACUUGUCGCGUUGUUCAACAGUCCUCAGUCUGCGGUGGGUUUUCGCUGGGACGCAUUGUUCAUGUGUUGCAUUUAUCUGAUAAAGUUGCUGGAUUUCAUAUUGGAGUAGUUUACAUCAUCGGAUGCUGCGGACAAUGGAAUAAGUGCUUUGGUGUAAUACUCGGAGUUAUACACAUCAGUCAAACAAGUAAACAAUGUCCUUUCACAAGCUGCGGUUUCUAGUAGCUUCGUGAGCUCAUACAAACAAUUGUGAUAUGGUGGAGAAUUCACGACUUCAACGUUGUUUCACGAAUGGGGCAAAUAUAAGAUCUGGUGAAUGAAGUGAAGAGGUUUCGUGGCCGAAAACACCCCAGCGUGCUACUCAGAACCGAUAACGAGUUCGUGUAAAAUUAGUCAACAAGCUGGUAAAUGUCAAAACAUCCGUAGGAAAGUGUGAAAAUGUCCUCGCCAGAUUUGCUACAUCCGCACGACUCGAUUUCGUCGCCCAGUGCAAGUAUAGGAACGGAAUGGCAACCAAUUACACUAACGCUCGUAGAAUACCCCAAAGGUGAUCUGGUGGGCAAGUUGCUAGCAUGGAUCAGCUUAGCGCCGCUCGGCAUUGGAGCCGGCUUUGUCGCUUUAAUUCUAUUCCGGCGGGAUCUGCACACGAUCGUGUUCUUUCUCGGGACGCUGGUCAACGAGUGCUUUAACAUGAUACUGAAGCACUGGAUAAAGGAACCGCGGCCCGUUUCGCGAGCACAGAUCUGGACGGAAUAUGGAAUGCCUUCAUCACACUCACAAUUUAUGUGCUUUUUUGCCACCUACGUGCUACUAUUUAUCUUUAUAAGACUGCAUCACAUGAACAAUAGUAAUAGCGCAAGACUGGAGCGGCUCGUCCGACUGCUGGUGCUGGCGAUUUGCUGGACGGCAGCGUUUCUCGUGUGCUUCGGACGAAUCUACCUGCUUUAUCACACGUUAAAUCAGGUGCUGAUUGGUGCUUUCGUGGGCAUGGUGAUGGGCGUUCUGUGGUUCCUGCUAACACACUGCGUGCUAACGCCCUACUUUCCGAUGGUGGUGACGUGGCGCAUUUCGGAGUUGUUCCUGCUCCGGGACACUACGCUUAUACCGAAUGUGCUGUGGUUCGAGUACACCGCCACGCGACACGAGGCACGCGCCCGGGCACGUAAGCUCGUAAGCAUGAAAUCUCAGUGACAUUUCUGGUCACCCUGACGGCGCUCAUCGUACAUCAAAUAGCAACCACACGGCUUGCUUUGUUUUUCUUGUUUUGUACUUUUCCACGUUCCGGAAUAGUAGUCAUAUGGUAGGGUAACCGCGCAGAACGAGCAACACUCAAAACUGAUCGACACGGAACUGCUGCGGCUAGAUAAGAGGAAUGCGCAAGCAAGUGUGCA